ACAUUAUAUAGACUGCUUCUCACAGCAGUUUUGCUUGAUCCAGUGAAGUACAGAGUAUUUCAACACUGUUCUUCAAGCUAUAUCGAAUUUCUGCAAAAAAGGAACAAUAUGAGUACUGCAGGAAAAGUUAUAAAAUGCAGGGCAGCUGUUGCUUGGGAAGCAGACAAGCCCCUCUCUAUUGAGGAGAUAGAAGUUGCUCCACCCAAGGCUCAUGAAGUCCGUAUUAAGAUUGUAGCCACUGGGGUUUGCCACACUGAUGCCCAUGCGAUGCACUGUACAGCUGCACCUACCGACAGGGAUGAUAUUCCUUUACCUGGUGUAAAUCUGGGGACAUUCCCAAUGAUCCUGGGCCAUGAAGGAGCAGGAAUCGUGGAAAGUGUUGGUGAAGGAGUGACUAAUGUUAAACCUGGGGAUGCUGUAAUUCCACUCUGGCUGCCACAGUGCGGUAAAUGUGAGCACUGUUUAGACCCUAACAACAACAUAUGCAAAACACUCAGUGUUAAUAACCAAAUCCUUGGCCUGAUGCCUGACAAGACUACUAGAUUCACCUGCAAAGGAAAGCAGAUUUUCCACUUCAUGGGAACCAGUACCUUCUCGGAAUACACGGUUGUGACUGACAUCUCAGUUGCCAAGAUUAAUAGUGCUGCACCCCUCGACAAAGUGUGCCUAAUAGGCUGUGGGUUCUCCACUGGUUAUGGUGCUGCCAUUAACUCUGCCAAGGUGAAACCAGGCUCUACCUGUGUUGUGUUUGGUUUGGGUGGAGUUGGUCUUUCAGCUGUUUUAGGUUGUAAGAACGCUGGUGCAUCACGUAUUAUCGGUGUUGAUAUCAACAAAGACAAGUUUGAGAAGGCAAAAUUAUUUGGUGUUACAGAAUGCAUCAAUCCAAAGGAUCACAGCAAGCCCAUUCAUGAAGUAUUGAUAGAGAAAACAAAUGGAGGAGUGGAUUAUGCUUUUGAAUGCAUUGGAAAUGUUGGCAUUAUGAAAUCAGCACUAGACUGUUGUCGUUUAGGAGGCGGAACCUGUGUAGUUGUUGGCGUGGCUACAGUUGGAACUAUCGCUGUCCAUCCAUUCCAUAUGAUAGUGGGGCGUAUACUAAAAGGAAGUUUUUUUGGAGGCUGGAAAGGAGUAACAGAUGUUCCCAAACUUGUGUCUGACUGUAUUGCAAAGAAAAUCAAGAUUGACGAUUUUGUGACUUUCACGCUGACUUUGGAAAAAAUCAAUGAAGCAUUUGAUUUGAUGCAUGCAGGAAAAAGUCUUCGAACUGUCCUGGUGUAUCAACAUCACCAAAAAUGAAGAACAACUCAAGAGCCUGCAUGUUGCAGUUUAUCCAAAUGCUUUCAAAGCAUACUUUCACAAAAAGAUACAAUAACAGCUACAACCAUUUGAGAAACGGAUAAAGCUGACAAAAAUACAUGCCUGUGAAAUCUUAUCACUUUUGUAGUAGACUUUUUCUUCUACAAUGCACAGCAGUGUCAAAACGUGCAUGAUUCUUAUACUGUCUUUCAACUUCUUCUGUCAAUUUCAUAUGUAAUGCAGUGUAAAUAAGAAGCAUUUGCCUGAAAAUAAAUUUGAGUCAAUGGUGAUAAACAUUUUUCAACAUA